ACUACUAUUUUAUUUAUAUAAAAUUGUAUACUGUCCUGCUUUGUUUUUUUUUUCCAGUAUUCAUUGCUUGGAUUGUUUUAUACUAUAGCAGUGGCAAAAAAGAUCAUUUGUUAUUUAUCUUGACUAAUUUUCUGAAAACAUACAUAAUAAAAAUAAAAUAAAUAAAUAUUCUGAGUCAAAACAUGAAACAUUCUGCAGAGCAUAUAUAUAUAUAAUUAGUAAGCAUAUAUACAUAUUAAUCUAUCCUAAAGAAAGCGUACAGUACAUCGUGGAUAUACGGUAUCUAUAGACAUACUGUAUGUAGUGGGUAUAUACAGUUAUGUGCCCCAGUAUCAGUGUCAAGUGUCUUACUGUGAACAGUUUAAAUAUGGAAAUAAAAAAAGUAAAAAAAUGUUUUUUUUUUUUCACUAAGUGGUUGAUAUUGCUGUGUCUCAGUAAGAAUUUUACUGGAGUUGAGAGUUUAUCGAAUUCUCAUUCAUAUAGUGAGCUCUAGUUAAGUAUUUAAGACACACUGACCGUAUCCAUUAAACUUUUAAGCAGAACUAAGUAAACACUUACCCAAAAAAAACAUACUAAAACAAUUAAUAGCCACAUUUUUUCAGGAUUCUUGGUUAAGGUGCAAAAGAUGGUUAAACUUUUCAUUUUGAUUUUGUACCACUGGGGUUUUGUUUUUACUUUUCUCAAAAUCAAGCAGUAAACUUAAUCCAAUGUAAAUGUUUUAUUGAUACAAGUUGUGAACACUUGUGAGUUGCUUUUGAACUUUAUUGUUAGAAUUCUAUUUACAAAUUAUGAAAUUAUGUCUGACUAUGACCUAAUUUUGAUGUACAGCAAAUAGACCACAUCUUUUGUAGCCUAAUGCCUUAUGGGUUGUGAUAUAAAAAGUAAAGCGUCUCAGGAUUAUAACUAAAAUUCUUUUUUAUACUCAUUGUGUUUGUGAAUAGUAGUACUUAUAGUAACAAUGAAAUUGUUGUCAUAGUUUCAGUCACCCAUCAAGGAAAUGUGCUCAUCUUGUCUGAAACCAGUGUAUCCAAUGGAGAGAAUGGUUGCUGAAAAAUCUGUCCUUCACAACAACUGCUUCUGUUGUAAACACUGUCAUAAGAAGCUGAGCUUGCAGAAUUAUGCUGCUCUCUGUGGCGAGUUCUACUGCAUGUUUCACUACCAACAGCUUUUCAGAGAGAAGGGAAACUAUGAUGAGGGGUUUGGCCGGAGGCAGCACAAAGAUCAGUGGCUUCAGAAGAGUUCCAAAGAUCAGAAAGAUGAUGAGAAAAUUAUUCACAAGGCCAAACAGGAGUCACUUACAUCCCAUGGAAGUUUAGAACCACUCACUAUUGGGUCAAGAAACCCAUUAUUACCAAGCCGUAACCAGGAAGAAAAAAACAAAAGUAGUUCAGAACCCAUAAACAAGCUGAGAGUUAGCUGGCCUCCUCCAAAACAGAACCUUGGAACAACACAUUUCGCACAGAUAGAGAAAAUGACAUUCAAAGAGCCAAUUACUGAGAAACCAACAACUGAGUUAAACCAAAGUAAAUCUGUAGUAAGACAUAGCUUACAGGGUAAAGACAGAUAUAUUCCAUUAUCCCAAAAUCCCGAAGUAAACAGUAGGGUUUUCCUAUCUUCCAUUGAAAAAGACACCUACAAGGAAAAGGGUUGUGUUGGUUCCAGUUCCACCUUGUGCAUGAAACAAGACAAAGAGAACAAUGUUGUUAAUGGUAAACUAAAGGCACCGCUAGAAACAACAGAUAAAACUCAGUCUAAAGAAUCACAUCCAUGGAAAGUGUCCACAAAAAUCACUUUGUUCCAAGAGAACACAAAGGCAAAGGUUAAGCAUCUUUCUUCCGCUUAUAAAGUCACAGAAGUGUCUCCAAAAAGCUCAUUGAUUACAAAACCAUCUUCUGAGCUUCAGGAUUCAUUUACACCAGCCUCAAAAGGCUCACAUCAAUCUGUCUUUAAUGAGCAACCCAGAAUUCCAGAAAACACAGAUCAAUAUGAUAAUUUCACACACAGUCCUAGUAAAGUGACAAAGAUGACUUAUAAUGCAGAGGGUAAUUUAGCAGAUGAUAACAGUAAAGCUAAUGCCAGCAAAAACAACCUAGCUAUUGGCCAAAUUUCUCUAAAUGUCAGUAAGGAGCUGGAAUCUGUGCCAAAGGGGGAAGUUCAGCUCUUCUCUGAGCCUGGAAUGAAAAAGGAACACAGCAGGAGUCAUCCCAGGGCUUCUUCUCCUGACACAAAGAAAGAAUUGUCAGCAGAAGUGGCAGAAAGUGUUUUGAAAAAUGAGAAUGAAUUACAUUAUAUUAAUAAAACACCCCAAGAAGAAAAUAUAGCUACCAAUGCAAAGGAUGACAUUUCUUCUGCUAUUAAACUAUACUCACAAUCUGACCUUACUUCUAAUACUAGAGCAGAAUGUACCAUUGAAAACCAUACCAACCAGAAACUGAGCAACACUGAUGAAGGUGACUUUGAAACCUGCAGUGUUCAAGUGAAUGAAAAAUCUUUAUACAAAGAAAAUAGUCUGGUAAACGUUGAGACACAAAAUAAAGCAAAUAGCCAGGAGCCCGCAGAAAAAUACUCAUCUCUAAGUAACACAGAAAGACUAGAUUCAGAAUCAAAAAUAUCAUCUGAGGAUACCAAGCUGAAUAUAAAAGAGGUUAUUGUGAAAAAUGCAGAGGAGAAAGUGGAUGAAACAUUAAAUCAAUGUUUGAAUCAAGACAAAAAAGUAGAGAUUGCAGAAAAUCAGCCAAAGAAAGCCGAAAAGCCAAACUCCCAGGGCUAUGUGAAUAAACAGAAUGGGAAGACACAUACUCGAAAAGACUCAUGGUCCAAAGUAUCAGGUCAGGGAAAAAGUCCUCUGUCCAUGCUUUUCUCUUCAGGUAGCAAAGACAAUACAGACAAGAAGGAGAUCAAGAAACCAGAUGCAAAGCCUAGGUCCAUACUAGGCAGACUCUUGCAGUCCACAUCAGAAAAGGGAAAAGAGUUAAAGAAAGAAAAAGAAAGUAAAUCUGAUACUCUUGAAAAAGACUCAGGAGAGGACGGGGACAAAAUUCCUCAAGAACAAAAGGAUGAAAAUGUCCUGACAACCAGUGGCAAAGAGGAGGGUGAUGAAGAAAACAUUCUUAAUUCCAAACAAUUGAAUGAAACAAACAAGAUUAACAGCACCAAUAAAGAAUUAAUGGAAACCCCCAAAGGUGAUCCACAUAUAACAGAAAUUAUAAAUCCAUACGGAUCACCUCAAGACUCAUUAUAUCUAAUCCCAAUAACUAUGAACGACACUGAGAGAACAUUAAUAUGCUCAGACAAAAAUGAAUCUACCCUUUCAUCCUUUAGUGAAAGCAAUCUCAAGCAAACAGAUGAAAUGUCACAAGAUUUGUCCACAGACAGUAUCAAUCCUUUUAGUUCACCAGAACCAUGUUUGACACAAAAGAAUACUGUAAAUGGUUCUACCAAUAAGUUAACAAAUCAUAUACAAAUCUCACAACAAAGAAUCACAAAUCUGGUAGAGGACAUUCCGACAGAGAUUAUUAAUCCAUUUUGUCCACCUGAGUCACAAGAAGAAAUUGCUAUUAAUAAAUCUGAGAAUAUACUAUUUGAUUCUGAAAAUUGCAUUGCAUCCUGCAAUCAAACUGUAGCUUCAAAAAAUCCCUUUGAUUCAGUGAACCUGAAUGAUCCUAUGAACCCUGACAAAGAUCAACUUGAUAUAUUAGGGAUCAGUGAACCUACAAUUUCUAGCCCAGACCCUCUUCUGGUGUCUGAAGGUGAAAUGGUGAAUGUAAUGGUCUCCAGUGUGGAAACACAACAAUCAGAUGAAAUCAGUGAUCUACUUAAUUUGAACCUGUCAUCUCAGGUAAUAGUUAAUGAAAAAAUAAAUGAAGAUAACCUUGACACUGAAAGCAUUCCUCAAGCACAGACCACCAAUGUGUUUGAUAAUGACUUUUCUAAAUUAGAUGCUUUUUCAGCCCCAAUUCCAUCUACCUUUCUAGAUGUCUUUGGGACUGGUGAUUUUUCAGCUGCAGUAGAUUCCUCCACAGUUUCAUCUCUUCAACAAAAUUCAGGCAAUUUAGAUGAUUUAUUUGGUUUGGGGCAAACAACUGUUUCCAGUGGUUCAGUUCCAACUACUCAAGGAAACAUUUUUCCUGAUGACAUAGUUGGGUUUGAGUCUUUACUGCCUAAACCACCAGCUACUGCUUCUAGUGAUAUUUUUCUAGAUCCAGUCAGCUUAGACUCAAAUAUCACUGCAACAUCAGCCAACAAAAUAGCAGACAACAAGUGGUUUGAUGACUUUUUGGGUUAGUGAGAAUAUAAUUUGGGUUAUUUCUAUCGUACAUUAAUUAAUCUGUUACUGUUAAAAUGAUAUUCAUUUAAUAUUUUACAUUAAUGUGCACUAAAAUUAAAUGAAAAAGGAAUCACAAGAUGAAAAAUAUAAUUUUGUACUGGUAAAUUAAGCUGUAUGUUAAUUUUCUAACAGAUUUACAGCAGUUUAGAUUUCCUUAGUGUUGUGUAUUUUCAGAAACACAGCAUUAAUUUCAAACUGAGUAUCCAUGAAAAGUAUAGAAACUGAAAAAUGAAGUGCUAAAGCAAAUUUAUAUCUUCAAUGCUUUAAAAUUGAUUACACAAAAGACUGUGAUUGCAUAAUAUAGGUAUAUUUUUUUAUUUAACCUAGGCAAAAUGAAAAUCUAUUUUUUUCUGACAGAGGCAUGUCACUUGGCAGUAGUGAUUUUUAAUUUUCUUUUUUUCAAAAUAGAAAAAAGACAAUAUUGUAACAGAUGGAAAUACAGUUUUUAGUAGUGAUGUUAUUAAACAGAAUAUUGCCCUUUUAAGAAUGAUUUCAACAGCUACAUGAGAGUUUUUUUGUAGUCUGUAUGAAAUGUAAUGUACAGUAAAAAUUAUGUUGGUUAAGUUCAAGCUACCCAUACAGUACUUACAGUACGUUCUAAUGAAAAGUAUGUAAAUUAUUUUGACACACUUUGUAUUUUUAAUGUUUUCCAUUUGUGUUUAAUGUCUGUGAUUUGUAAGACUGUGGUAAAAGAUGAAUGAGCAUUCCGUUACUUACAUUUUAAUAAUCCAUAAUGUAAAUCAAAAGUUACAGUAAUUCAUAUUUAAUAGAUUACAUUUUACCCAAAGGUUAUGAUGUCCAGAAAUAUAGUAAAAUGCAAUAUUAUAAAAAUAGUUCAGAAAUAUUUAAAUUUAGAAAUUUAAGAACUAUAUUAAACCUAAAUUCUAGAUAAUCACAAUCAAACCAUGAAUCAAAACAUCACAUAUAACCUGAUACAGAUAAGGAAUAUUUUAUGCAUAUUAAAAUACAGAAUGCUGGAUUUACAUGUAAUUACAAUUUACUUCAUACUUCAGUUUUACAUGAGAUGAUUAAAAAUGUUCAUGACUGCAGAAUUUGAAUUUUAUCUUUGGAUCACAAUGCGGGCAAUAGUUUUAUUUGCUGUAUACUUAAAACAUUAAGCAGAAUGUAAAGUUCACAAUAAUGUAAAAUAAUAAUAUAAUAAAGGCAUCAUCUGGUCAU